AUGCCUUACAAGUCAAAAUGGGAAUUGUCACCACCACAUAUGGCCAUUCCAUGCUUCAUGUUUGGAUGCUCGACAGCGGAAAUCGAUUCUUUCAAGCGAAUCCUCAUCAAUGCAAAGCACCCAGACCAGCAGUAUCUCACUCUCCACGCCUACCGGGAGUGGGCCAAGAGAUUCGCGGCUGGUCUGAGGCUCGCGGGUCUCAAAGAAGGAGAUAGGGUCAUGCUGUUCUCUGGGAACGGCAUCUUCAAUCCGAUUGUUGUUAUGGGUGCAAUCAUGGCUGGAGCAAUCUACAACAGUGCCAAUCCUGCAUAUACACCACGAGAACUUGCCCAUCAAUUGAAGGAUGCAGACCCUCGUUUCGUUCUCGCUGCAGAGAACUGUCUUGAUCGUGCCUUCGAGGCUAGUGAUGUGGUGGGGAUCGAUAGAAGUCGCAUCUUCCUCUUCAGUGAUCUCCCGAUCGACUGCACAGGGCGCAUCCAGGUGCCUGUAGCCCGCCAGCAGCACUGGAGCACUCUACUUGCAGAUCCCAAGGUCGGUAGGAAUUUUGCCUGGAAGGAAUUGGAAUCGCCAGACCUAUCGUCACGCACUGCGGUUUUAAUUUAUUCGUCUGGGACGACAGGCCUUCCGAAAGGUGUCGAAUUGUCCCACAGGAGCAUCAUUGCGAACAUGCUCCAGCUCAAAAAAUGCCAAUUAUCUGACACAAAUGUGACGGCGAGACGAAGCCUUUGUGUCGUCCCGUUGUACCAUGCGCUGGGCUUGCUCUACUACUGCUUCACAGCACCGAAAUGGGGCAUGGAGACUUUUUUGAUGGAGAGAUACGAUUUGUCCGAUAUGCUCGACCACAUCCAAAGUUUCAAGGUCACGGAGCUGCUGCUCGUUCCGCCGAUCUUGGUUGCCAUGGCUAAGCAUCCCUCCGUGCGUGAUGGGACUUGUGAUAUCAGCAGCGUGCGAAAGGUCGUGGCCGGUGCUGCUCCAAUCGGUAUGGAGGUGACACAGCAAUUUGAGGAGCUUUUCAAGAGGAAGGUGAAAGUGCGGCAGGCGUGGGGCAUGUCAGAGACUCCUGCAAUCACGUUGUGCUGGGAUGAACGAGAAGGCCUGGGUCCAUCCUCCAUCUCAAUAGGCGAACUCGUCCCUGGGGCUGAAGCGAAACUGGUCAAGGAGGAUGGCGAAGAAGAGACUCGGCCUGGCGAGCGCGGAGAGUUCUGGAUCCGGUCUCCCAAUAUGAUGACGGGAUAUUGGCGCAACAGCAAGGCCACGGUGGAGACGAUCACUGGUGACGGAUGGCUGAAGACAGGCGACAUCGCAUAUAGGGACGAAGCUGGGAAGUGGUAUAUGGUUGAUAGGAAGAAGGAAUUGAUCAAAGUGCGGGGCGCACAGGUUGCUCCAGCAGAGUUGGAAGCUUUGUUGCUCGAACAUCCUCAAAUCAUGGAUGCAGCUGUGGUUGGGAUCAAGACGCCCACCGACGACGAAGACCCUCGUGCUUAUGUGGUACUCGCGCCGAAAUCGUCAACCACAGCGGAAGACGUCGUCGAGUACGUAUCUACCCGCGUCUCGAAAAUCAAGCGUCUCACGGGCGGCGUUGUCUUCGUUGAUGCCAUCCCAAAGAACCCGUCUGGCAAGAUUCUCAGACGGCAAUUGAGGGAUCGUGCUGCAAAAGAUACAGCAUCAAAGCUGUGAGCAGUGCACUCACGAGAAGGUUUCGCUGAUAUGGUGCUCGUGAACCAGGCUAGGUUAUGGCAGUCGACAUGGCCUGGCUUUGACUGGGGUGACUGGAGUACGAUCCAUGCCUUGCAAAAUUUAUUCUCUUCUGCAGCUGGGCCAUCAUAGUAACCACGCGUCAAUCACCAAUUGGGUCAAGCUACAAAUGGGGUCCGCU